CUUGGCCGGGUUAUUUCAACUUCUUUUGGGUCGGGUCUAAAAACCGUUGUCGUGGUUCUACAUCGGGUUGGUGUGGUAUGGGUUACAUUUAAAUUUUAAACCUCACUCGGCUCUUCCAGUCGAUGAAGCAACAAACCCUAAUGCAUCAAUUUGUAGGUGUUGAAGAGUGAUUAAAUUGGAGCCGAGCUCCGUUUUAUUUCUGGUGAUGAAGAUACUCGAAGCUAGAAAUGGGUUACUUACCAACUUUGAAGUGCUUCAAUUUCUUCAAUCUAAAGGAGCUAGACAGGAUCACACACGGAUUGCUGAAGUUCCACCAUCUGAGCUCAAGGUUUAUGAUUAUUUGGAGCGAACUGCUGCUUCCAGUCAAACAAAAGAGAGCAUCGAGGAGUUCGUGGGAAAAUGUAAAAAGUACCACCUCAAAAAAGCUGAGAUUGUCAGUAUCAUCAACGUUAGACCAUCAUCCGUUGUUGAAAUCUACCCGAUGAUAGCGAAAUGUGACGAACGUUUGGGAGAAGGUGUUGAAGAGCUGGUAGAGAUGGUAGGAGAGGUUUUACCCUCUCCCCCAACCAAACUGGAGUCUAACGAUGGAAAUGGUGAUAACGAAGACGAAAAUCCAGAUGAGCAACUAGAGGAGACAAGUUAGCGCGGCAAAUUCUUGAUUGAUAAAAAUAGAACAUAGAGAGAGAGAGAAAGCUCUAUUGUUUAAUCUAAAAAUUCCUGAUGUCUCUAGUUUUGGAGUUUGAUUUGAACAGAGUUCAGUCUUUUUUUUUUUUUUUUUUUUUAA